CUUCUGUGUGCCACCGUAUGACAUGAAUGACAUUUGCAACAAUAUAAAAACGGGCAGGGAAACAGAAUCGAACAACACAACACAGCAACCCAUGGCUUCCGUGCAAAGUACACUGCCGAACUGUAUUUUCUGCAAAAUUGCCACCGGCAAUGAUCCGGCGACGGAUAUCGUGUUCCAAAAUGAGCGCAUCUGUAUCUUCAAGGACAUCCGGCCGGCAUCGGACUUCCAUUAUCUGGCCAUCCCGAACCACCAUCUGGAAAACGUAAACUCACUCACCGCUGCUGAUAAGCCCUUGCUGAAAGAACUGAAGCGAGAGCUGGUUAAUUACAUGCAAAGCAGCAGGGGCAUUGAUCCAUCGGAAGCUUCCUUUGGGUUUCACAUUCCACCGUUUACGAGCGUGAAGCAUCUGCACAUGCACGCGAUUGCACCGGUCAGCAAGAUGGGUUUCAUUUCGAGGAUGAUUUUCCGACCCAACACCAUGUGGUUCAAAACGGAUGACACCAUAAUGCAAUCCAUUCCAAGCGAUGGCACAACCAAUCAGUGAUAUCUUUUUGCUUUAACGUGUAACGACAUCGUUGUUAUUAUGUACGAAUAAAUAUAUAUUACUUUUAUCGAGCUCUUA